CGUGCGCCUCUGCGGGAGGCGGUGGGUGAGGCGUGGCUGCGCGUCCCCGCGGUGUAGCGGCGUCCGGACCCCGCAGCGGUGCCGACCCCGUCUGGCAGCCCCUCGGGAGGGCCCGGCCCUGCCGGUGUGUCCCGCUCUUCCCUCGGGCCAGGGCAGAGCCGCGGGUGCCCGGGGGCCGAGCCCGCCGUGACAGCCCCGCCACCGCCCCCGCCGAGCAGAGCCCGAGCCCCAGCCCCAGCCCCAGCCCCAGCCCCAGCCCUGCCCGCUCGGAGGGAGAUUUUCCGCCCCCGCUUUCCCAGCUCAUCCCCUUAACCUUACGGCGAGCUCAGGGCUCGGCUCUGGUUCCGUCUCCAAAGAGGGAGGGUCCGGGCGGAUCGGGCUCCCCCGGGCCACCCCAGCACCGGGCUGACACGCCCGGCGAGGUGCUGGACCCCAUUCCUCGCUGAAAGCCCCUGGGAAUGCCUGCCAGUGCUCCCGGUGCUGCUGGACAGACCCCGUCCCUCUGCAGAAGCCCCUUCGGGCUGCCUGCCAGUGCUUCCCAGCGCGGUCUCUGGCCGGGUGGGAGAUGCAGCAAGCGUGGCACAUCCCGGGGAGGGGAAUGGGUGUAAUUCGCUUGUCAUUUUUCACAUGAGAAGCUGGGGCUGGCGCGGAACCGAAGGUGAUGGGGCAGGCAGGCAGCCACCUUGCUGUGGGCUGCGGCUGGCAGGGGCUUGCUGCCAGACUGAGAGUGGAUGUGCUGAGAUGCCGUGGAGCUUUGCUGGGGCUGUGUUGUGGGCAGCAUUUCCAUCCAUGACUUGGGUGUACCUGUGUCACACCAUCUCCCAGUGCUACUAGGGCUAGCCUGGAUGCAGGAGGGUUUGAGCUGUGAAAGUUAAUUCAGCAAAGCCAGGUGUUGCAGGCUGUGCACAAAGACCUGUCCUGGCACAGGCCGGGUGCCUGUGUGUGUGAUGCAGGGAACUCAGAUGGCACACGCCAGGCAGGAGCUACAGCCUGGGAUGAGCCUCAGGGAGUGUUUGGAGAGCAUGAGCUGUAAGGGACAGAGGGACUGGAAUUUUUUAAGAGAAGAGAAAGGGAAGCUUCACACCUGUUAACACCUGCACGUAUCUCCCAGGUCUGUCCUGCUACAAGGGAAGUUCAGCCUUUCCCACCUUCCUCCCUGCAGAUGAGAAGCAAGGGAGCCUUAGUGAAGAUACUGGAGAGGAAACUCCUCAACAGCAGGUCUGGGGCAGUUUUUGUGAGGAGCUGUCUGAGCCUCUGCAGAGCAGAGGGGGAAGAUGUCAGAGCAAGAGGUGUAGCUCAUUUGACCUGGAUCUUCAGGGGCUGCUGAGCUGCCAUGGGGAACACCACCAGCGAGCGGGUGUCUGGGGAGCGCCAUGGCUCCAAGUCCCACCGCUCGGACGGCUCCGGUGCCUCCCACCCCGCCAAGGAGCACCCGCACAAGAUCAUGGUGGGCAGCACCGACGACCCCAGCGUUUUCAGCUCCCAUGACUCCAAGAUUCCUGGGGACAAGGAGUUUGUGUCAUGGCAGCCAGAUCUGGAGGAGUCAGUGAAGCCAUCCCAACAGGCUCGUCCAACUGUCAUACGCUGGGCUGAUGGAGGCAAGGAGGUCUUCAUCUCCGGAUCCUUCAACAACUGGAGCACCAAGAUCCCACUCAUCAAGAGCCACAAUGAUUUCGUUGCUAUCCUGGACCUUCCAGAAGGGGAGCACCAGUACAAAUUUUUUGUGGAUGGCCAGUGGGUACACGAUCCAUCUGAGCCUGUGGUUACCAGCCAGAUGGGGACAAUAAACAACCUCAUCCACGUCAAGAAGUCUGACUUCGAGGUGUUUGAUGCGUUGAAGGUGGAUUCCCUGGAAAGCUCAGAAACCUCAGGUCGGGAUUUGUCCAGCUCCCCACCGGGACCUUAUGGCCAGGAGAUGUACGUAUACCGGCCCGAGGAGCGCUUCAAAUCCCCACCCAUCCUCCCACCUCACCUCCUCCAGGUCAUCCUCAACAAGGACACCAACAUCUCGUGCGACCCAGCGCUGCUGCCCGAGCCCAACCACGUCAUGCUCAAUCACCUCUACGCGCUCUCCAUCAAGGACGGCGUGAUGGUGCUCAGUGCCACACACCGCUACAAGAAGAAGUACGUCACCACGCUGCUGUACAAGCCCAUCUGAGCCGGGGCCUCACACGCUCCCCACGCAGGACACCAAAUGCCGCUUGUCUGCACACACUGGGCCGCGGGACUGUGUGACAACUAGCCACUGGCUCCAGCCUCCAACCUGGCAGGGACACGGGCCCCGGCAACAAGCUCAGGGCCACUGGGGCCUGUGACGCUGUCCCAUCCUACCGGUGUGGUUCAGCCUUUGGUUUCCACCCACCUGCAGCUUCCCUUGGCUUCUGUGAGUCUCUGGGACCACUUUGCUGCUCACCAGACCAGCCCUUCCUCACGCCCAACACGAAAAGGGCUUCACCCUGCCUGUCUCCUCCAGCCUGUGAGGGCCUCAAGGUGGUCCUGGCACUGCACCCCAUCCAGGCUCCAGGAACACAUCCUGUUCUUCUGAAGGUUGUGCUGCUGCCCUGGUGCUGAAUCUCCAAUGCCACCUUGUCUGCUAGGGACUCUGUGACACUCCAGCCUGACACCUGCCCCCUGUUCCACAGCCCUGGCUGUGGGGCUGCCCCCCCAGCUUUUUUGAACCUCUGCGAGGUUCAGCGUCGAGCCAGCAUGAUGGACGGUACAUCUGGACACAGCCACUCUUACCUGCUGCUGUGAGAGCACCAUCAAGGACUGCAACGCCCUGUCCCCAACAUCAGCUGCUGCUGUGGGACAGGGCUGACUUUGUCACAGCCAGAGGGGCACCGGCACAUGCCCUGGAAAAGCAGAGCCGGGCAGGCACUCCAGGACCCUGGCUGCACCGCCUGCUGCCGCAGCAGUGCCGUGGGACAGGGGGUUCUCUAUUUAUUACAGUAUUUAUUGUUC